CGCCCAGCAUUGAAAGGAACCACAAUAAAAAAGGAAAUUGGGACACACACAUAAAGAGAAACAAGUUUUGAGAAUGGCCACCACUAAGACAACCCUUUUGCUUGCUGUUCUGUGUCUUUUCCUAGUUUGCGAGAUUGGGAUGCUAAUGGUUGAAGCCCAAGUUCAAAGGCCAGAAUGCGAGGGGAAGUGUGCAUCAAGGUGCAGCAAGUCAUGGAAGCCGGAGAUGUGCCUUAAAACAUGCAACGCUUGCUGCAACACCUGCGAUGGGUGUGUGCCCCCUGGCCCUACUGCUAACAAGGAAGUAUGCCCUUGCUAUGCCAAGUACAAGAAUGGCAAGUGCCCUUGAAUCACUUCUUUCUAUUUUUUAAACACGCAUUCCUCUCAUGGAUUCAUUCUCAAUUAUCACUUCUAUUUAUGAGAGGGUGUCUUGUAUUUUAAUAAAAUCUCUUAAAACAAAGAGAGAAAAGAAAAAAAAAUGUAAUUCACUAAAUAAAAAUGCAAGUUUAAGCUUGCUUAUUUAUCCUUCUCCUUGAUAA